AUGGCUUCGUGUUCUUCGAUGUACCAAACAAUAUCCCAUCCAAACAGUAAUCAUAACAUGCAGGAGCUUACAAAUCCAACGCAAACAGCAUCAAUAUCGAAGGCAUUUGAUUGUUCAAUUCACAACUGUUCAUGUAAGCGAUCAAAAAUCGGUUUAAUUUUGUAUCCGAAUGAUCCACAGAUGAAAAAUAUUAUUCUACUCAUUUGCAAACAGUGUUACAAUUGUAAAUCAGAUAGUAGGACACAGCAUGCUCAAUUGGAAGAAUGGUAUUUUUAUAUCUACAAAGAUUCGACAACGUUUCAGUUUAAAUCACGGUUUUCUCAAAAUGAGGACGGCUCAUUUGCUUUUCACCACGCUUUGUCGAACACAGACAGUUCAUUUGGUAUUGAAGAACGAAACUUAGAAGAACAGGAAAAAGAAAUAGUGCAAGACAUUGUCAUGAAACGAUCAAAACGAACAAAAACCUGA